ACAGCAUUCUUGCUAGCAAUCCACGCAUAGUUGGCCAUACAUCCACGCUCUAAGUCUGUAACUCUAGCUGAAGUCCUUUUCUUGUCCCCUAAAUAUCCCCUGAAUAUCUCUGGACAUCACACUCAGGUCCAAAUGAACCUUCGCAAAAUCGAAACGGGUGAGCCCCUAAAGAUCCCUGAAGGCAAGUUCGAUCGCUCGUGCGCAAAUCGACCUCAAUGCAACGUCUCUACCGUCGGAGGCAACCCGGUGAAGUUCUUCACUUGUGCAGGUUGCAAAUGUGAAUUCUACUGUAGUAAAGCAUGUCAGAAGGAGCAUUGGCCAAUCCAUAAAGUUCGCUGCAAACAAACCCAGGAAGAAAUUUCGAGGCUAAAGCGUGUCAACCCCGCUGUAAUGCGGUCCGACGUGACCCCAGCACAGAUGUAUGAAGAGCUUCCAUCGUUCCGCAAACACUUUGAUAUGGCGAUAUUCGCAUGUGGAAUCAACGCUUUGCGUUCUCAACUCGGUGACAACCCGAAGAAAUGGCACACCUACUACUUGCUCAUUCAACUCAGGCGAUUAGUCGGAGACCUUAGUGACCGCCCCCGUUGGGCUCGCUUCGCUGUGGCACGUGUCCACGUUCGUCCUGCGACAGACCUCGGAAUUCGAUCCUUCAAGUCACUCAUUGGCAAUGUGAUCAUUCAGCAGGAUAGAGAUAGUAAUAAUGGUGGAGAAGUGGUUGAAUGGCAGAAGUAUGAGAACAAAUAUGGGCACUUCUUCUGCUCGAUCGGGAUCCCGGCCGUGGAUAGACCGGGUAUUAAUGGCCUUGUCAGCCUUGUCACUGGACAAUCUUGCGACAUUUGUUUCACAAAAGAGGAAUUUGAUGGAGUUGAGAAGAUUUCGAAUUGGGAAGGGUUCCUUAUUGCUGCUGUCGAGUCCAAGUCUCAAAAAGCCCGGAAGGCUGGCUAGAGGUCCUCCCCGCGAUAGGUUCUAUUUCCUCACCCCUGACUUGUGAUGCUCAGCGUACAUUAUUGGUGACGAAUGCUUCGUUCUUGAAUUGUAUUCUAAAGUCAGGAUUGCUUAUAUAAUCUAACCAAUAUUUCAUUUGUUUUCCGAUUUUACGUC